CGUCAGGAGCGUUAAGGACAUUCCUGGGUUCGGCUCUCUCUCUCCAUAUCGUCUACUAUAGCACUUCUACAGAAGUUACAACGUGCGCAUGGGAUACAUGAAAUCGAUUGAUUUGUACAUAAUCGGUUCACAUUCUGGGAUAAAAAUUACAACAUUGUCUGCCCACCUCCCUCCCCGUACUUUGAAUACAGUCCCUCCCUUGAGCAUAAUUAUAAGUUGACAGACUGGUUUCUUUCUCGCUCCACCUCGCCACGUGCGGUGCAAGGUGCGAUGGGAUCCGCCCACUCGCAGGAAUAGUUCUGGCCACGCACUAGGACAGCAAAACGGAUCGUGGACAUGCGCAAAGGAUUCCACGCGGCGUAAGGCGAAUGAAGUAACGUGAAUCACCGGAUGUGUUUGGCCCAGUGGUGAUCUUCCACAUUCAUUAUACAGAUUGAUAAGUCUGCAGGUCUGCAAGGAGCAUGAGGCUACAGUGGAAAUGCGGCCGCGUGGUGCUCCUCUUCACCAUCGUCGUCAUCCUCGUGCUCUUAAUGGCGUUCGUGCUGUCCUGGGAACGGCCAUACAAUACAUUAUUGAGGCAAGAAAACUCCCCGGUAAAGAAGCAACAACUGGUGGACGUCAUCUCUGAAUCAUCACAGUCAAAACAAGACAAGGCUGCUUCUCGAAUACUGCUGUUUAAUUACACAAGUUUGCUCUUCACCAACGUCACGCAAAAUAUCGUCUUAACAGAAAAGAAGUUCCUUGCGAUUGGCCUUUGUUCUGUAAAGCGGAAACAUGAGCCAUACUUGAUAGACACCCUGAGGUCCAUAUUUGAGCAGUCAAGCUCAACGGAACUUCAGCAGAUGGUAGUAGUGGUGCACUUGUGCGACUUUGACAUGGCGUGGUGCGAGAUGACGGCACGUCUAAUUACGAAAAUGUUCCCCAGCCAUGUGGUAGCCAAGCGACUUCUAUUGAUCCACGCACCAGAGGAGAUCUACCCCUCCCUUGAGGGCCUCAAGGCCAACUACAAUGACCCUCCGGAUCGAGUGCGCUUCCGCUCCAAGCAGAACGCCGACUACUCCUUCUUACUUAGCUUCUGUGCCAGCCUUGCUGACUACUACAUCAUGCUGGAAGAUGAUCUGAAAUGUGCAAAUAAUUUUUUUACCACAAUCCAAAAGGCCAUUGUUUCACGACAAAAUACAUACUGGGUGAAUUUAGAAUUCUCCCGACUGGGCUACAUUGGCAAGCUCUACCAUGGUAAUGACCUCCCCACCCUUGCUCAAUUUCUUCUCUUGUUCUACCAGGAGAUGCCAUGCGAUUGGCUUCUGACACACUUCCGUGUUAUUCUAACACAAAACAAUCCCAUAAAUUUCAAGCCGGCGUUAUUUCAGCACAUGGGCCUCUACUCAUCCUUCAGAGGCAAUCGGAAUGAAUUGAAGGACGGCGAUUUUCAGGAGCGUACCGCAAAUGUGGCCGACAACCCUGCCGCCACCUUUCACACAAGCAUCAAGGUGUUCGAAGACUACCGGCCGGAGAAAGCAUACAGCACUGAAAGUGGCUACUUCUGGGGAAAGACUCCAGUUGCAGGAGAUUACUUUAUGUUGAAAUUCGUGGAGCCUCAGAAACUGGAUGCAAUUGAAGUUCUAACGAGCUCCGUUGAAAGAAAAAAUGACGGUCUUAAAGCCGGCUAUUUGGAAAUUGCCAGUCAUACCAAAGAGCAAUCAUGCUCAUCUUUUAAGAUGUUGGGACAUUUUGUACAUGGGGAAUUCAGAGCACAAACUUUAAAUGGGACUAUACCAUUUAAAAUUGACUGUAUUCGUAUAAAUGUGAUUAUGAACCAAACAGAAUGGCUUAUUAUUCGGAGUAUCAGCAUUUUCCUUGUUCCAAAGUAAUAUUUCCUUUUAUUUCGCGUGCAACAUUCCAUGUUUUUUACUUUAACGUUAAACCCUGGCCAUGUAAUUUUACAGUAAAGUCCCACCCAAAAAUGUAAUUUCCCCACUUACUUUGCCAUUUCCGAGUGACCAGGGGCAGCCCCUCCAUGCAGGCGAGGCCGCCUAGUGCGCCAAGUUACACGAAUUCGAGGAAAAAAAUAUUAAUAAAAAAAUACAAAUAAGAUAACGAAGACAUCAUUAUUUCAAUGCCCAUGCACGUACAGAGGGAAUAUGAACGUUAAUUCAUUUCUCAACAUUUCUAAGAAUGUAUUGACGUAAAGUAUUGUAUUUACUGCAAAAAGAAACACCGCAAAUCGCGGCGUAGUUUACCUAAUUUUUUCCUGCUAAAAAUUAAUCACGUCAACAAAGGUGAAAAAUAUUCAGGUAUUAAAGGAAUUUCACAGUAUAAACAUGGAUACUAUGUUUAUAAUAUACCGAAUAUCAUGGGCGUCCACAGGAAUUUAAGUAGGAUACUCACUACAUUCACUCACUCCACUCACUCCACUCACUCCACUCCACUCACUCUACUCCCCCCCCCCCGCUGCUGGU